AAAGGUCAUAAGGUCAUCAUGUGAUUUUAUUAAUUGAAUUUGGUGUUCAAAAUGUCUAAAGCUGAUCGUCCCACUCCAAAGCCUCGUAGACAGACAUCUAGUAGCAGUCCCCCCACCACUAGCUACACACCUGUCAAAGAGUUGCCAGGCGACCUCACCUGCCCAGUAUGUCAGGACAUCAUCAACCAACCCAUGAUGCUAGAUUGCUGUGGCAUGUAUAUCUGUAAAAUUUGUGUGGACAAAAUAGUGAAAUCGCCACUUGCAACUGGAAACCAUUGUCCUUACUGCCAAAAGACAUUUAACUACCUUCAUAAUCCAGCCAUUCAACGAAGGGUCAACGCACUGCAGAUGUAUUGUCCUAAUCACCUGCUGGGUUGUCAAUGGAUUGGGAGAUUCGCCCAGAUCGAAGAUCAUGUUGAUAAGGCUGAUUUACGUCCGGAUAAUAACUGCCAGUAUCACCUAGUUCCGUGUAGUAUUGAGGGAUGUGCUGUCAAUAUACCACGAUGCUCGAGACUUCAACACGAGAGAGAGGAGUGCGAUUAUCGCCAGUUUGUGUGUCCUUAUUGCCAAAAAUACAGCUCAACUUACACUGUUACGUGCAGAGAACAUUUUCCAACUUGUUUGAAAUUUCCGACGGCCUGUCCCAACGAAUGUGGUAUUGAUCCGUUGCCCCGUGAUGCUAUUGAACGUCACAUGUCCACUGAAUGUCCUCUCCAAAAUGAGGUGUGCGAGUAUUCCCCCGUGGGUUGCUAUGCCAGCAAAAAACGAUGUGAUAUGUCAAGACACACAAAAGAAAAUGCUUCUUAUCAUAAUUCGCUACUGCUUAAAGAGUUUGUGGCAUUAAAAGCUACAAUGGAGGAAAAGACGAGCGGACUUCAGCAAGAAUGCAAUAAAUUACGAGAGACAAAUAAGAAGCUCAGUGCCGAAAUAUGUCUACUUACGGCACAAUCGUCAACUGUCAAUGAAGAGGUACAAGAUAAACUGGAAAAUAUCAAACGGAAGUAUGCGACAAACAAAGAAACGUUAGACCAACACGAUACAGCCCUGGCUAGUUUGAGUGAGACUGUCACUGGACUCGUACAAAACCAAAAAGCAGCAGCUGUAGAAGUUGAUUCGUCCAUUGAAGCAAGUCUCCACACGCUCACGGCGAAUGUGCAACAAAUACGGGAAGAUAUCCCCAACAUCCGACAAGAAGUGGGUGUACAGCACCAGCAAACGACCUCCCUGCAAGACACUGUGGGGGGUAUCAGACAGGACAUACAAUACAUAGAGCAAUGGAUUUCACCCACACCCCCUUUUGCCUUCACGCUUGGCCGAUACGCCGCUCACAAGAAAAACAAGACAGCGUUUUCAAGCCCCCCAUUUUACACGCGAGUUCGAGGCUACAAGAUGUGCAUACGAGUCGACGCAGAGUCUGCGGGGGGUACCCACGUGGGGGUCUAUUGUUGUGUUAUGCGCGGAGAACAUGACAAUCAUUUAAAGUGGCCGUUUCGAGGGGUGGUUCAUAUACGGCUUCAAAAUCACCUUGGCAACCACAAUCAUUUCAAUCAAGUGAUUCGUUUCGAUGAAACUACCAGUGAGAAUAGGUCAGCUCGAGUAAAGACGGGGGACAAGAACUAUCUCCAUGGUUACUCGAAGUAUAUCUCGCACGGUGAACUGUUAUUAGAUCAGAGACAGACUCGACAGUAUUUGAAAGGAGAUGCUCUGGACUUUGAAGUCACGAAAGUAGAAGAGUUUAACUGAUUUUAGUUAGAUAAUGUGAUGCAUAAUUAUAGUUAAUUUUGUAUCUCAUACAUGUACAUGUACAUAUGUGUUUCAAUUGGAUAUUAAUUUAUUUUCGCUUUUA